CAAAUACCUUUGAUUAAGCGUGCAAACCAGGAUAAUUGGAAGAAUUGCUCGAUUAACCUCACAAGGGAGCACAAAUCACGUUCAUUCAGAUGCUUUCAAGUUGUACAGUAUCUAUAUUAGAAUGAUAUCAAACUAAAUUGAAAUAGCAAGUAUUAGACGUCCGCUGCGUAUUUACCGAAGGCCAGAUUGGCAAUAUGUCGAGUCUGUGGAGGGGCAUCCCGCUCCCUGUGAAGGUGUUAUGCAUUGUAUGUCUUAGUGUAGAAUUGUGGACUCUAAGUGGUUUCCAAGCGAAUAUUUACACGAGUGACAAGUCACUCCCAUCACAGUCUACUGCGUCCAUUGGCGGGGCCACGAACUCUGACUCGCAAAUGCGUAGUAGUCCCAGUUAUAACGACCUGCCUACUUUUGACCCGAAUGCUCCUCUAGUACAGUGUCAGUUGAAUAACGAUGAGGUGAUGGUGUGUGUGUACCAGACCUUGUGCUUUGACGGCGGUAAGUACUAUGCCAUAGUGGGUGAGACAGAUGCGGACAUACCGACCAAUCUCGAGGGGAUGGAAAAGUUCAGCAUGCGCAGUGCAGGCGACGGGGAAUUUGGCCGACAUAUUUCCGAGACUGGCCGUUUAAAUGUCUUCCAACGUCUAGAGAAACAGGUGACACCGAUUAAGAAUUAUAUAAAUAUGGAGGGGAAGAGUGUGGAGUUCAUUAAACAGCACAUCAGUCAAAAAGGUGGAGGCAUAAGUUGGCUACCUGAUCACUCUAUGUACUUCCAACCGGCAGUGGAUAAUGCGUACUUGGCACUUAUCUCGGUGCUGUCGUGGUGGAAUAUAGUGUGUGAUAUGAUGAAUGGAAUCGAUAGAGUGACAUUCACUGGCAGCGUAUUUGCUGAAACUCAGCAAAAAUGCUUGUUUCAAUAUUUCGGGUUCUGGUACGACGUGAUGGCGCGGAUUACAUCGGUCUACUACAAGCACGACAAGCAUGCGGUCGCCACCUCAUUGGGGAUCUCUGGCUUUGGCGGCGACGAUCGAAAUCAAACAAAUAUCACUUACGGCGGUGUUUUGGAUAAAUACAACGGUUUUCUGGUCGAUGUGGAAAGCGUAUGGCCUGAGGAGAAGGUGCAAAGGAGUUCGUCCGCAUGUAGAUCACAACGCGAUCACACCACUCCGAAGCUCGUGUGUGGGCGACAGGCAUUCACCGUUGGCAGGCCCAAUGUGCCAGUCACCGGUUCCGUCUCUAAGCAGCGCCUGCGGUACGAGGUAUUCAAGCUGCACGGCGAGAAGACCGUUGAUAUGCAAAAAGGCAUAAAAGGCUCUGUCCGAGUGCUGAUUGUCGAUAGGGGCAAGGAGGGGCGGUGCUGGGCCGAGCCUACGGAGCUACGCAGAAUUGCCGCAGAGAGUGUACACGUGGAUGGUCUGCAAAUUGAGGUGGAAUACAUUGAGAAUCUGGGUACUUUGAGCGUGUACGAGCAGUUCGCCAAGUUUGCGCGUGCGCACGUGGUGUUGAUGGCUCACGGUGCAGGUGCGGCCAACACGUACUUUAUGAACACCAACUCGGCGUUUAUAGAGGGCAUACCUGUGGGGUGGAAUUCACGAGCGUUUCGGGAAUUGUAUUCGAGUGGCGGGGGUUACUAUCAGAGUAUAGACGCGAUCAAAACCAACCUGACUGUCGAGGCCAGUCUCGAAAGGCAGUAUCAGACGGACAUAUGUCAGCAGAACCAUAGAAGUUGGGAACGAACGCAUUACUACCAAGCCCAUGGUGAUUGCUACCAGAGUUUUAAAUACUGGCCGUUAAAGUUGGACGAGGCGGAGCUGAAAAAGACUUUACAACGGGCGUACAAGCAUCUGAAGUACACAUAAAUCCCAUAGGCAUCUAAAGUAUCUGUGAAACCAAUAAGCAACUAAAGUAUUUGUCAACCCGAUUAGCAUCUCCGGUAUUGAAAGCUGGCGGUGUAUACCCAGCCCUAAAGCUUACGAUGCCCGUCGAUCAACGCAGGAGAACUUCGUACGCAUUUGGGAACCGGAACGAGAUGAUAGACUCUAUGAUUUUCCGCAGGAACUAGAUGAAAUUAAGUCAAGUGCGGGUGGAACAAGAAAAAAAUAGGUCAAGCGGGUGGAACUAGAAAAAUCAGGCCAAGCGGGUGAAACUAGAAGAAAUUAGGUCAAGUGCGGGAAGAACUAGAAGAAAUUAGGUCAAGCGCUGGUGGAACUAGAUUAAAUUAGGUCAAGUGCGGGUGUGUCCUGUAUGUCAUCUUCUGCUCUUGAAGUCGCAAUUAAGUCGCAAUUGCAGAGGCUGAGGGUUCAAACCCUAAAAUCGUGGGAACGCGUGAGCUAAUCCACUACGACCAAUGCUUCGAUUCGAGUGCCUCUACUAACGACAGAUCCGGAGAAUGUCGUUCAGAACGGACAUGCAAUGCACUAGUGGCAUUGAGUCUGCGCACGAACAGAGCAUAAAGCUCACUAAAAAGGAGAUAACUGGCUCAAUGUACCCCACGCCAGAGUCAGUGGAAACUGAAACAAAUGAAGGCCACAUGAAAUAAACAUGUCAUUCCGCACAUCCCUUGGAAGAUAUGCUGGUGUUGCCGUGACUAACGACAAGUAUUGAGUAGAUACCAAUGCGUGAAAUAAUUCAAAGACCAACGGCGCGGAUUAAAACGGUUAAGUCACGUUUUAUUUAGGUAAUCCCACCCUACGACACCGUUUUCUCCUCGGCCAGAUUGAGUUCGGUGAUGUAGUCCACUUGCUUGAUAACAUUGCGGAAACCGUCGCAGUCUUCAUGCUCAUUCUCCGUGGAGAUCUCGUCUAAAUGACUUUGCAUCUGUGUACAUUUUAGAUUUGGUUGUGGAAAUACUUCAUGUGUGAGAAAUGACCUUAUUUUGGAUAUAGAAACCCAUUUUGUUUACCCACAUGAUCGGUUGAAGAGCGUAUCUGUACACAUUCCAUCCAUUGAGCCCCACAUUCAGCAUGAUCCAACAAACUAUUAAAAUUCACCAUAGAAAUGUAGAGCUGUAAUCUAAAUGGCAUUCACAAUCGCUAUUAUCAAUGGUUGUACUGUGUACUGAG